CCCGCCUCUGUAGGAAGAGCCUGUUGGUGUGUGUGAGAGUGGCUGGCUGUGCUGCUGCAGACUGACACUCUGCAUUGUGUGUGUCUGUUACUGGGUGCUGCUCACAAGACAUGCUCCAUCUCAAGGCCAGGGCUGGCAAGUAACCAGAGGGCUUUCUGAGUGAGGAAGGCAGAUUGGGCUUGUAGAUCCGUCCUUGUUUUAUUUUUGGGGGGAGGAUAUUGCAUCUGGUCACCCAUAUCCUCUUCCUCCUCCCCUCUCUGGUUUGGUGCAGGCUCUGUGUGUGUGUGUGAUCUCGCUAUGUCGGAUGACGAUUCCAGGGCCAGCACCAGCUCCUCUUCAUCCACCACCUCCUCCAGCCAGCACAUAGACAAGGAGCCAGGCUCCAACAACAACUCCUCCAGCGGCAAGAAGAAGGAGACCAAAGUCAGUAUGAGCAAGAACUCCAAACUCCUGUCCACCAGCGCUAAAAGGUAAGUGCCCCCUCCCUUGUGCCAGCAUGCUUUGUGUGCUGCUCAUAGGAAGUGCUGAUCAGCUGGAGGGGAUCAUCAUCCUCCAUGAUUAGAUACAUUGUAUCCCGGGCUGAACGUUCCAUGCAUUCUAUACGGUCUGUACCCAGAGCAGGGGGAGCCAAGGCAGUCACACCGUGCCCACAGCCUCACCUCUCCUAUUCCGGCAGUGAACGGGUUAAGCUCAUGGUGUGGCCUACAGACAUUGCACACACAGGCAGUGCCAUCCUUUGUGUGUGUACAUAGGGCUAACUGUGGUUCACGUUCACAGGGGCUGCUUUUUAGCAAGGAGUAGGGUCUCCUCGGGACAAUAGAAGGCAGUCUUAGAGGUUUGGUUGUUUUUUUUCAGGAUGUAACAUUUUUUACAAUUUUUUUCAAAUUGUAUUUUAUUUUUAUUUGUAUGCAACAAGACAAAGUGUAUGCGGUCCCUUUAAGUAAUCUCUCGGCAUGCCUGUUUAACCCUUAACGUGUCCCCUGUUUUAGACCCCCCACUCAUGCAACACGGGGGCUAAGGGGGGGGCAGGCGGCAUCGAAGGGGUGGAGCUCCAACCAGGUCAUUUAAAUAUCUCGGCUCCACCCACGCCUCAUUUGCAUGUUAGCUUUCAGGGGACCCCUUGCUGUGCAGAACCCCCAUCCCCCCAAGGCCGCCCAUUGUAUGGGAUACCCCUGGCUGUGUUACUUUGUACGGGCGGGGGCAGGAGACCCACUUGUCACCGGUAGGGGGUUAUUUUAAAAGCCUAAGGCCGCCAUUGGCCCCCUCCCCCCCUCCUAAAUGGUGAGACUUGGUGUCUUCUGUUUUCCAAUGGAGGACUAGGAAAUCUGUAUGUAAUCUCUGACAUAUAGGAAGCUGGAUAAUAAACCAUUUUAACCAGUGUUAUGUGUAGGCUUCAAGCUGUGUGAGCAGUAGGGAUGGUCAAAAGGUAGAUUACUCGGUUGUUGUAGAACUACAACCCCCAUGAUGGUUUGCUAUGGCUUCCAGAGCAUUGUUGGAGUUGGAGUUAUGCAACUGUUAAAGAAUCAGCCUUGUGGCCACUAAACUACUUCCUUCACAGCAGCUAGAGUGUGGCUGGCUGAGCAUAGUGGGAGCAGUGGUGUCAGAUGGGUUAAUACUCAGCACUGAGGUUACGCAUUAGAAGUAAUGAUCUGCUAUCACAGCUGCCUUGCAUUUUUACCUAAACACAGAUUGAUUUUGAUACAAGACAAACAAGGGUUACUAUUUUUAUUUUCAGGAUGCUUUGGUAUGAAAACACAAAUUCGAAACGACUUUUAUAAGCUCAAAGGGGAAUUGACAUUUGAAUUGGCAUAUAUUUGUCAUUGUGGAACUGAGAUAAGGAUUUACGAUUUUCUUAAUGGCAUUAACUUCGGCUAUUAAACAACUGGAACUGAGGCUGAAUACAUGACCUAAGUCGAUCUGGUGGUCAUUUAAACCACCAUCCAAUUCAGCCACUAAUGUCUAAACCAACCAGUUAUCCACUAUUUGUCCUCCCAACCACAUACAUAAAAUGACAGGAGGGUGACAUACCCCUAGAGACCCCAACUUUAAUGUACUUAUACAGAUUAAAUACAAUUAUUAUAUAGUGCCAGCAGAUUCCACAGUGCUGUCAAACAUGUAAACAAGAGAGCCCUGCCCCAAUGAUCUUACAAUCUAAAGGCUAUUAAAGGAGUUUGUACAGAAAACCCUUUCAGUUCUUUAAUCUGCAACAAAUUACUUCAGCCCAUCUCUUUUUAAACCUCUGAUACCUGACAUUUUCCCUGUUUCACUAUUAAAACCACUAGCUACCAAAUCAUAAAUGUAUAGUAGCCAAGUACUAUCUAGCCUUGCCGCGCUAGCUCCUGUUCUCUUAAAUAUUCUUGCUUUUUUCAUCUCUGUACAUACAACCCUGCAAGGUUGAAUUCCUUAAAUCACCGGGUGGGGAGGAAGGAGAGGGAUUGUUUUUUGUUGUUGUUUUUUUAAAUGGACUUGUCCUAUGUCUGGUUUGGUAUCUGCAUUUCCUUUAAGAACCAGAAUCUAUGUAACAUGUUGACAAGAGGGGGGAAAAUGAAGUUAAAAUCAACCCGUUUCAUUCAGCAACUCAAUUUUUGUUCUUCAAAUCCUGCUAGACAUGUAAGAGGUUAAUAGGGAUUUCUCCACACAAGGGCAUACCAUAUGGGACAUUUCCCAUCAUUCUACUUCCAUUAAAAUUUUAUUAUUGGCAGGGACUUGGAAUCCAGGUCCCAAAAUUGGGUCCACAGGCUGUUUUCAGUGGGUAUUCAUCAAUUGGAAGAAAUAAAGUUUGCUCAUUAGGCCCCAGACAUUUACCCAGUUAUGUCUUCCUGCAUGGACUGAAACUGUGUAGUCUAAUAAAGCUUUUUUUAUUAUAUUUUUCUAUUAUUUAAAGCAUGAAUAACUGAGAAAAUUGGGUGGGGCUUGCACUUGCCGAGCCAAAAACAGACAGACCUCCAUUACUGUCUUGGCCAAUUUUAUGUAUUUUAUACCAGACUUGCUAAAUUUGAAUUGUGCCUACCCACAGUGAAGGGAUAGGGCAGUGAUGGCUAAUCUUGACACCAUAAAUUGUUUCUAGACUACAUUUCCCAUGAUGUAAACUUUAAAAGCUAGCUGAGCAUCAUGGGAAAUGUAGUCCAGAAGGAAUUUAUGGUGUCACGGUUAGCCAUCACUGGGAUAGGGUGUGAACAUUAAGUUUAGGCAGAGCAGAUUUUUGUUAAUAUAGGCGUUCUAACAAUCUCUAUUGACUACACCAUACAAGAUUGCACAGUCCACCUUAUGUAAAUUGAGCUAUCAGCCACAAGCAGCAUGCAACAAAUAUCUGAUGCAGGCCACUAAAUGUUUUUCUGAAAUAUCUUGGGCUAUUGUGAAAGACUGUCUCCAGACAAGCCAACACGCAGUGGAUUCAUUUUGCAUUUAAGACCUGAUGUCAAAGUCAAAGCAUAGGAGCAGGAACCCGAGUGAAUGAGGGAAAAAUGGGGGGAGGGGGUGGUAUGUUGUUGGUGUAGCUUUUUAUAUCAUAUGUUUCACGGUUUAAAAAAGAUAAGAAAAACAAACAUAUUUUAGGAGCUGGAUAUCCUAUUCUAAUAAUAGACUCACUAAUGCCUCUAGAAAACCGCAUGAUUUUUUUUAAUGUAUGCUCCCUAAGUGGGGCUAUGAUUGCUAUGAAAUGCUUGCCACCCCAACACGGGCACCAUUGGUGCAAAACCAAAGCUGGAAGCCUCAAAGCGCAACAGUUUGCCAUAAUGGCACUAGUGAGCUCCUUGUCCGAGGAGAUACAGCAACUCGCACAGUAGUAACGUUGUUCAGUCACUAGGGAUGAGAUCUGGAACAGGAAUCAAGCAGUCUGAGUAUGAUGGGCUCUCAAUUUUCAUUUACCUUCCUUUUUUUUUUUUUCCUGAUGGAAAGACACAAACAGCUGCCAGAAACCGAGGUGUUGCAAGCAUGUGGGAAAAAAAUCAUGGUGGGGAUCUCCUUUCAUUCAGUAUAAGUUCUACCCUUAUCCUUCCGUUUCUUGUCGAUUUAGAGGCCUUGUGAUUGCUGGAAAACUUAUUGUUUGUUAAUGAAUACAUCUCAAUGCUCAAGCAGCCAGUGUCAGGGUUGCAUAGAAUUAAGCUUACUUGGCAAAAAGACAUGCUGCCCACUCGUUCACCUGGCCCCAUCUCCCUCCUGUGUCAAACUCUUUAUGAAAUACUCACAUUGGCAGUGUUGGAAUUUCACUGAAACUCCAAUCAAAUCGAAACACAUACCGAGACAAAAUAGGGGCUACUUUGUCUUAUGAAUUUUCUCUCCACUUGACCAAAGUGCAGAUACUGCCAUCAGGUUUUGUCAAUUUGUCAAGGACGUUUGUCCUUUUAAUAUCUUUUUUAACCAUUUGAUAUGACAUUUCUAUAGAAAGUUGUUUACAUAGUUAACAUUUGUAUGUAUUGGUGGUUUGGUACUUUGUCUAUUGAAAUGCCUAACGGAAAUUUAAAUUGUGUGUGAAAAUGCAACUGCCAAGCACAUAAUUUGAUCCUUGUCAAAAAGGUAGUGAACCAUUAAUGUAAUUAGUGCCAACCCUUAGUGCCCAAUUCAUCAGUGCCCAAUUUUUGGUUUUUAGGGUUACCUUGAAGUCGGCUUGUGUACACACAGACAAUUGCAAAGGGAAUUUCCACUGACAGCACUACAAAGAUCAGUUGUGUUUGAAUGCAACUAUUUUGUAGAUUAUUGUGCAAAUUAUGCUCUUUGCUAGACUGAAUUGUCAGCUCAUGUUAUGAUUAAAUAUAGGUCUUAAAGCAUAUAGAAUUAUUUUGAUAUUACUGCCAUCUAGUUAUCUAUGUCUUUAAUCCUCAUUUAAGGUCUAUUGUGAUAAUACUGCCAAAUCUUGAAGAGCAGUUCAUUGUUUUCAAAGUAUUUAUGAAGAUAUUGGCCAAUCAGAAUCAUAAGCAGACUAUAUCAAUCUUGAAGCAGGACGAAGUAGCUCAAUAUUUUAAAACUCAUAAAAGCACGUUAUGAUAAGGAUCAUUAGAUUUCAAUAAAAAAAUUUGCUAAAUACCAAUAAGCUAUUUUAAGAACCAACAAUUAGCCAGCCUUGUGUUGUAUACUGCAGUUAAAGGUAAUUUUGGAUUUAGUUACUCAGAAGGAAAGGUAAAUGUGUUAAUUUUCUCAUCAUAAUAUGUCUGGUGUCUAUAGCCUUUCCCUGCAGGCUUUUUAAUGUAAGUACUGCCUUUUUAGAGAAAAGGCAGUGUUUACAUUGCUGCCUAGUAACACCUCUAGUGGCAGUCACUCAGACAGCAACUAGAGGUGCUUCCUCGUCCAGUUGCUGCACAGUAUGCAGCACUGACAGUCAGCGUCUCCACGCUCUGCAUGCAGACGUUGAAUGUUCCCCAUAGAGAUGCACUGAUUUAAUGCACCUCUAUGAGAAGAUGUUGAUUUGCGCAGAGCUGCAUUUUUUUCACGCAUGCGUAAUAGCAUCCCAAUGCUAUCCUGUGGGAAAGCAUUGGAUUGGCUGAGAUCAUCAAGACUGAUGAACUCAGCCAUGGAAGUGGAGCCAGGCAGGACCAGCUGCAGCAAGACUGGUGCCGCGUGGGAGAAGAAUUUCCACUGACAGCACUACAAAGAUCAGUUGUGUUUGAAUGCAACUAUUUUGUAGAUUAUUGUGCAAAUUAUGCUCUUUGCUAGACUGAAUUGUCAGCUCAUGUUAUGAUUAAAUAUAGGUCUUAAAGCAUAUAGAAUUAUUUUGAUAUUACUGCCAUCUAGUUAUCUAUGUCUUUAAUCCUCAUUUAAGGUCUAUUGUGAUAAUACUGCCAAAUCUUGAAGAGCAGUUCAUUGUUUUCAAAGUAUUUAUGAAGAUAUUGGCCAAUCAGAAUCAUAAGCAGACUAUAUCAAUCUUGAAGCAGGACGAAGUAGCUCAAUAUUUUAAAACUCAUAAAAGCACGUUAUGAUAAGGAUCAUUAGAUUUCAAUAAAAAAAUUUGCUAAAUACCAAUAAGCUAUUUUAAGAACCAACAAUUAGCCAGCCUUGUGUUGUAUACUGCAGUUAAAGGUAAUUUUGGAUUUAGUUACUCAGAAGGAAAGGUAAAUGUGUUAAUUUUCUCAUCAUAAUAUGUCUGGUGUCUAUAGCCUUUCCCUGCAGGCUUUUUAAUGUAAGUACUGCCUUUUUAGAGAAAAGGCAGUGUUUACAUUGCUGCCUAGUAACACCUCUAGUGGCAGUCACUCAGACAGCAACUAGAGGUGCUUCCUCGUCCAGUUGCUGCACAGUAUGCAGCACUGACAGUCAGCGUCUCCACGCUCUGCAUGCAGACGUUGAAUGUUCCCCAUAGAGAUGCACUGAUUUAAUGCACCUCUAUGAGAAGAUGUUGAUUUGCGCAGAGCUGCAUUUUUUUCACGCAUGCGUAAUAGCAUCCCAAUGCUAUCCUGUGGGAAAGCAUUGGAUUGGCUGAGAUCAUCAAGACUGAUGAACUCAGCCAUGGAAGUGGAGCCAGGCAGGACCAGCUGCAGCAAGACUGGUGCCGCGUGGGAGAAAAGGUACGUUUUAAACCUUUACUCUCCACGGGGGCAAGACAACUAAAUAUCAAUUCCAGCACUAUAGUGUCAGGAAUACAGAUUUGCACUCCUGACACUAUAGUGUAACUUAAAAGAUGGACACUUUCGCAAUUUCCUGUGGUCUCCCUGUAAAACUCCACACACAAUAAACUGUUGUUGGGAUUGUCUUUGUUCAGUGAAUAAAUACAUUGUUUUACUGCUGUGAUUGCUAGCCAUCGCUAAAUCAUUAGUGUAUCAGACUACUAGCUUAAAAAGGGUUUUGCCUUUUGUUUAUAUUGCAUUUUAGAACAUUGCUUCAGUGUGUUCUUAUAAUAUCUGCAUACGUUUGAAAAGUAGAAAAAUUAUUUAAAUCGUAUGCCUUAUGAAUUAAUUAUCAUUUAGCUUCUGAAUGCAUGUGUAUUGUGAUUUCCUUUUAAAGCCGAUAACAGAUUUAUCCCCACAGAAAUAGUAAGUGGUGAGCCAACUGCUUCAUGUUACAGUCUAAUAUUGUCCAAAAGAUGUGCACUGUGGCAGGGCUGCACUACCUCUAUUACAUUUCUGUGAAUGUCUAUAUGUCAGGAUGAUUAUCACAGCUAUUCCUGAUACAGGUUCCAGGAGCGCUCCUCUAAGAUGGGCUGUGUGGGGAGAGAAUUUUGAAGGCUUUUUUUGAAUUAACUAUUGCAUUUAUUUCCUGCAGGAUUCAAAAAGAAUUGGCAGAUAUCACUUUGGACCCUCCACCCAACUGCAGGUUUGUUACAUUUUUUUAUUUUUUUAAAACUAUAAGUUCAUAUUUAUAGUAUAAUAGUUUUACAUUGCAAUUGUAUACUCAUACUUCUCUAAGUAUAAAUGUUUAGAAUGCCAAAACUUAAAUAUAAGUGGAAUAAUGGAACUUUUGUACCUUCAGUUAUUGGUUUUAAAUAGUCUAAUGUUUAGGGCAAAGAUGUUCUGUGUACUAUUCUGCACAUUCAUUCCUUUUCCAAAUAUCACCCGCCAUAUUACAAAGACAUAAAUAGUGUUAUUGUCCUGUAUAAUUGGGAACCUUGAUUAACAAAAAAACAAAAAACAUUUAGGUCCUAAGCAAUACAACCAUUCCUGCUCAGUGUCGUGGUUAUUAGAUUUGUAGAAAAAUGAGUUUAAGCCAGUUCAUCCAAAUUAAUUAAUUUUUUUUUUUUACUGCACAUCUGAAUAAAUCAAUUCAUCCAUGAUUUACCUUUUGCAGAAGUCUAGUGAUUUUGUUGCUAAUAGUCUCUGGACACAUCCGCUCAAUGGAUUUUAUUCAGACUAUUAGAGGGACACUGUAGGCACCAGGACCUCUUAAUCUCAUCUCUGUUCCCCUAGUUUUCAUUUCAGUGUUAAGGCUGUCUCAAGUGGUUGUCUCCCAGACAGCCACUAGAGGCACUAUCUGCAGUUUCACAGAGUUUAACUAAGCAUUGAUUCAAUGUUUUGCUAUGGGGGAGGCCAUUAGGACCUAUUAGCGGAGGAGGCGGAGACGGAGCCAGCACUGAGAGACCUCCACGCUGAAAGAGGUAGGUGUUAAGAGGGUUUUAAAACCAUUUUAACACCAGGAAGCUGGACAAUAACCUUAGGGCAGAGAGAUACUAUAGCUUUAAGAAUGUAGUAUUAUGUUCCUAUAAGGAGUGGUUUGUCAAAAAAUAAUAAUUCUCCUUGGCACCUGGAGACUGCCCUGUGCCCAGCCCUUUAACAUUUAACAAGCAUUAUCAAUGUUUCCGUCCAAUCUGGCCAGACGUGAUCUCCAGAUGUCUGGAAUAGCCCUGGUUUAAUGUCAAAACUCUCCAUAACACCUUAAAAAAAAAAAAAGUCAGGGUACAACACCCAUUGGCAACGUAACCACUAUACUGCGUGCUGAUGUUAAUAUUUAGACUGUCCCUUCAACCUGUAAGCUGAAAUAUAUAUCGAGGCAGUUGCUUUAAUGCGCUUUCGUUUGGGGGCGAGAGGUUGGAGGGGAUAUGUUGACUUUAUUGUCAUAUAUUUAUCAUUUAUUUGUUUGUAUUGUAAUUUUGGUGGCUUUUAUUUGGGCUUUAUUGUAUCAUUAGGAUUAUCAGAAUUGUGCAAUUACGCCACCAUUUUCAUGCCUUGGACAUAGUCUGUUUUGUGUAAAGCUGUUAAUGUUACUUGUUGCCAAAUUCCCACAGAAUCCCAACAAUACAUUUUGGAAAUCAUAAAAAAAAAAAAACUGGAUUAGAUUUCAAUUUCAGGUAGUACAAUAUAGCCUUUGUUAUAAGUCUGUUCAGACCAUUUUGAAUAUGUGAUACUAUACUGCUGAUCACACGUAACACAUUACAAGGGCUAUGUAUCAUUACAGCUAUGUAUGAUUAGCCAUCGUAAGGUUUGUGGAUGUUUAUUUUUCUUACAGUUGUAACUUGUUUUGAAAGAGUUAACAUACUUGUCCUAUUACCUUGUCCACGUAGAAUAGUGUGCUCUAUAUUGCUAAUCGAGCACCAUUGCUUUUUAUAAGGUUAUAACCCUGUAAUCAUACCUUGUCAUCUGUUCAGUGUCAGACACACAGAGCAUUUGUGUGGGGUUUUUUUUUUUUUAUUUAAAAUUUUUUUAAUUUUAUUUUUCAUUUAUUUCAUGCACUUAUCUCAGUAGUCACCUUUUCAUGCUGUAUUUACUUAUUGUCUACCUAUCAGUUUAAAAACACGCUUGGAAUUGUUAAUGUAUGGUUGCAUGAAUUAUCGAGUGCUUUGUGAAGUGCCACUUUAAUAAGCCUUCCAAGGGACGAAUUAACUCCUUGCGCACCAGUGGUGUGUGCAUUUCAUUGUAAAGAGCUCAGAGGAUUUAGGAGGUAGCGCAAGACAGGACAAUGACAAUGCAAACGAGCAAAAAGGGUUAGCAGUGGGAUUCCGGCAGUAGCUAUUGUUAUAUAAAUUCCCUUUAACAGAGCACCCCUCUUGUUGAUUGUACUGCAGAUUGUUGAAUAAAGUGUACAGGUAGAACGUAAAUAAAUUAGUAAGAAUGACAUAGAAGAUUGUACCUUUUUGCUGUUACAUUAGCGCAACAAGGAGGAAAUAUUCAUAAAUGGAUAAGGCAAGCACAGUGUUGCAGGCUGUUAAGCAAACAGAAUGUGACACUUUGGCAUCGCUAUUCUAUUGUGGCCUUGAGUGAUAGGGUUUAGAACUUGUAUACUUUACUCAUGUGAAAUAGACAAGAUUAUUUACUAAAAUUAGAAUUGUCUGUAAUUCACAUUUAAGUCAAAAGAAGCCAAAUUGGAAACAUAGCUGAUUUGGGGAAUGUGUCCAUUAUGGCUAAUUUGACCUUAAAUUCGAAAUUCACCUUGAAUGCCCUCACUCUGGUAAGUAUCACUACCAGGCAGGCAUAUAAUAAGUUCCUUUGCCUGUUGUACUUUACUAAGGUCUGGAAAGUUACCCCAGAACUAUGAUGGUUAUCGGAAUGUGUUUGGUAUGCAAGAAAAGUAUUUUUUUUCCCUCUUUUUAUUUUUAACUAAACCUAGAAUAGUAGUGAUUUUAAAGAUUGUUUUUAAAAAAAUUGCAAAAUUCAGGCUAAAAUAGCCAAGCGAUGACUUUAGCAGAGGUGGAAAGUUAUUGAAAAUCAGCACUUAGAUUUUCACAUUAUCGAUUCACUACAGUUUGGUGUUAAAAGAAUAAACCUCAUAUCCGUGUCUAAAUGGAAUUAUUUUAAAAGCAGAGCUGGUUUAUUGUAUCUACAUUAUUAUUGUGUGAGUGCUUAAUUUCUCAAGGACGAUCUGGUUUUCCAUUGAGCCCUGCUGAUUAGAAAAUGAGUGAUUUGUUGUGCUAGCAGGUUUCUAGAAGGCUUCAAGUGUUUGUUCAUGAGAUUUUGAAGUUGAUUUUGUCUAGUCUUUUGUUUUUCUGGCAAAGAGGUCCCUAAAAAGAUAUACACUCUGCUUGCAGGAAUAUUAUAAGUGCCCUUAAUUAAUUUGACUAUUUGUAAAUGAGCAGUAAACUGCUUGCCUUUUUAAGGACCUCUCAGAUACUUUUUUUUUUUUUCCCUGUUUGGCAAAAUGCUUACAUGACAAAACUGAAACAUACAAGCCAUUAUGUUAAUAUCAAAUACCAGUCUUCCUAUUUUACAAGUUCCUCACUUAGCCAGUUCUUUUUCAUUUUGGAUUGUCACAUAGCUAACCAUAUCCCCAAUUCCCUGAUGUCUGUCCUAAAUAUGUUUUUCUCUCUCUGGAGUUGCAUACUUGCUUGGCGUCAUCACAUAUAUGAGAAUGCACAGGGACGUGUCAAGAAGUCCAAAAGGAGGGACAAACCUAAAAUAACAUGAUAUUUCUCGAAAAAAUGGCUAGAGAUUCACACCGCAGUCUGAAAUGAAAGAGAACGGUCUGGGGGAGGAACAUGCUGCUCUGAUCUGGAUCCCACUUGCAGGCAGAAAAAGGAACUUUUAAAAUAGAUUUUUUUUUUUUUUUAAUGUUACAGCUUACUUGAGUUCUAUUAUAACUUAUAAGCAGUUUAACAAAAAUAUAACCUUUUCUGCUUCUAUUAAUUUAUAUUGCUCUUUGAUCACUUAAGCUAGAUGAAUCUUUGUAAUUCUUUCUUUUUUAUUAUUAUUUUACUGCCCACGCUUUCAGAGAUUUGCUCAGUUUCUUUUAGUAAUGCUACCAGAUUAUUUAAUGUUUAAUUUCCUUUUUGUGACUGGUUCAAGGACUGAUAGUUUAAUGGUUGUUGUGCUCAAGUUGGUCAACUAUAAAAACUGUUACCUUGCCUCUCAGGGAUCCAGAGGGACUGAAGAAGACUGUUUGGUGUAGCCCUGUAAAUUAAGUAAAUUUAAGGUUAUACUGCGUUGUGCGACUGGGUAGGAGGGGGAUUCUACAGAAUCAUAAAGUAGGAUAUUAUGGGUUAAUAUUAAUUCAUAUCAUAACAAUAACCUCAAGCCUAAAUAUUUGUCUAAUCCUAACUGUACCCCGAGGAUCAUGGCAAAGAUCAGUCUAUAAUUUUAAUCUUAAGGGAACACUAUAGUCACCAGAACAACCACAGCUUACUGCAGAUGUUCUGGUGAGUAUAGACAGUCCCUUCAGGCUUUUUGCUAUAAACACUGCAUUUCAGAGAAAAGGCAACACCUCUCUGAAUACCCCUAGUGGCCACUCCUCAGAUGGCCUCUAGAGGUGCUACCUGGGUCAGUGCUGCACAGUGUGCAGUACGGACUGAAGUUCAGCAUCUCCACGCUAACCCAUUGUGACUGGCUGAGAUAAUCAAUUCUGAUGAGGUCAUCAAAGGAAGCAGAUUGGGGGCAGGGAGGGGGGGGCUUACUAGUGUUUUUAACACUAUAGGGUCAGGAAUACACGUUUGUGUUCCUGACCCUAUAGUGUUCCUUUAACUUAAAACCUAAAUUAUCUAACUCCUGGUGCUGUAGUACAACCUUAAACCUCAUUGUAACACUAACUUUAGUUGCCUUGCAGGACCUUGCCAAGGUGUAUGUGCAAGCUCCCAAGAGAUCUCUAUGGGUUACCAAUGAAUAGUAUGCUUUUAAAGGAACUUUCCACUCUCAACACAACUUCACUGAAUAGGCUGUCACCGGCACACAAGGCAUUCCUUAUCAGCCGAUGAGAGGCAGUGCGGACAGCCACCCUUUCGAAAAUGGAUUUGUUUUAAAGGUGGAGAGUUUCUUUAUGUGCAACACUGGGGACAGAGUGAAUACAUUGUGUAUGAAUUACAUUUUUCUGUGAUAUAAUAGCCAAAGGAAAUUGCUCUCAACACAUUUUCCUAAUAACUAUGAUAAAUUUGAUAAAUGUAUAGUUCUAUGGAAUUUGUGUUCCAAAGUGUAUGUGUAUGUAUGUGUGUGUGUGUAUAUAUAUAUGUAUAUGUAUGUUUGAGAAAAUGGUUUGACUACUUCCUGAGGGAUGUGGCAUUAUAACAAUACAUUUUUUUUUUUUUGCAUAUAUAUUUUAGUGCAUUAUUUAUAAAAUAUGUAUUUAAAAAAAACAAAAAAAAAACAACUAGGCCAUUCCAGCAAACAAAGUUGGAUAUCUUUGUAUAACAUACCUUUUUGCUGCACAAAUAAUCAUUUUCAGCUCCCAUUUUACAUAUGCUAAAUUAGCUAUUGGAAUCCAAUGGGAUUGUAACAGUACUGUAUCCUGUAUUGUUAUCUGCAUCCUUUUCUCUUUGGGGACUCUUGUUGUAGUGUCAUUACUGGAUUUCACAUCAUCGUUAUUGUCACAUUGAAUGCUAGUUUGAAGGCAUAAAAGGCAAUUGUGUGAAGAUCAACCGCAAAUUAACAGCCACGCAUGUCCCUGAAAUGUAAUUUCUAAUGAAACCUGGGGGGACAGUAGAAACCGUGUCAUGAUGUUUGUUGCUCCAGUACAGAGCUUGAAAUAAUUACACAAACCCAGAAGUAUUAAUGGAAGGACACCAUUUCGCAUCCUCUAAUGGAUAGACUUAAUUUUAUGACAUUUACAUUGCAGUGAUUGUAGACCCACUGUGGUUUACUCACUAUUUAACCGAGAUGAGCAACAACCGUUUUAACUAUUUAUAUGGGAUUUAUUACUCACAUUGUGGUUUGCUCAACACUUCUUUUAAUCAAAUACUUGCUCUGUGUAGUUGUUCGUUUUUUUUUUUUUUGUUGUUUUUUUUUGUAAUUUCUUUAUUUUCAGUUGUUUUUAGUUUUUGGUGGGGUACAGAAUAUAAAGAGGGAGGGGGGUAGUAGGUCUAACAAGAUUGUUUGAACUUAUACAUGCCAAAUAUAUUUCCUUUAACCCAUUAAGGACACUGUCUUGCACUUAAGGACACAAGAAAUUUUCACAUUUUUGCUGUUUGCGUUCAACUACAAUUUGCAUUUUACUAUUUUAUUGCACCGACACAUAUUAUAUACCGUUUUUUUAAAGGACAAAAAGGGCUUUAAAUUGAUGUAACAUAUACAUAUAUAAAUGCUUAUUUAUUAUAAAAAAAAUACAAAAAAAAGCCCAAAAAUGUAAAAAUAUUGGGGGGUUUUCUUCAGUUUUUGCAAUAAUAAUGUGCGCAUAAUUUAUGCAGGUUAAGGAGAGUAAUUAAAAAUUAAUUUAGUUGUUCUGAUUUACAGAAUAUAUAAUGUGUCUAGGAUUUUCAGUUUUUUUUGGGUAGUUACAGCUCACAAAACACAAGGAGUAAAAUAAACUUUUAAUGUGGAGCGAUUUUAGAAUUUGGUAUGUUUGUCUUUUAAGCUUAAUAGCCAUAAAAGAAAACAAAAUUGCCACACUAAAGUAUAUAUUUAUAUAAAGAAGACAUCACAGGCUAUUUAACUAACAUUAUUUUGACACUUUUUACGUAGCCAUUUCACUGCCAAUCCCUGCUAAAUAUUGGACUAAAAUUUAGUUGUUUUUUUUGACACACAAAAUUAUAACACAGAACUUCGUAAAGUUAGUGUGUGCUAUUCCUGUACAAAACCUAAUUUUGUGUUCAGCUACAUCUGCUGAGUAAAAUGAUAUGUAUGUCUUUGGCACUAUUUCUUGAAGCUACAAUGCCAUAUAGGAGACCUGUCCAUUUCGGUAUUUACAGUAGAAUUUUGAGAGAUGGAUUUGAUGGGCCUUUGUUUAAAUUUGGGCCAUUAUAGCAGUUUGACUGUUCGAAAACCCCCCACAAAGGCCUAACACUUGUAAAAGUAGACACUCCAGGGUAUUUCAAAUGGCAUAUUUUAAACCCUAGCGUAGGAUCAUUUUUUUGCUAGUUUGUACCAAGUCUAGUAGCAAUUAGCAUUUUUUUCUGCCUUUUUGACACACACUUGGAGAUGUUACUGUAUAUUUUGCAAUCCUUAUGUGUGCUACGGCAGUAUAACACCUAUUAUGUUGCUCAGCUAUGUCGUCUUAGUACAACAAUACCCCCAUGUGUACCUUUUUCAGGGAUAUGUGGAUGUUGAAGGGGCACAUUGGAGACUAAGCCAUAUCAGUUUGUUUGUUUUUUUUCAAACUUUGAAUUUUGACGCUGGUUCCAUGUGCAAUUUUAGAGCAUCUUAGCAGGCUGAUAAUUCAAAUUACCCCACGAAGGCCUACCAUUUUUUAAAGAAGGUAUUAAUCAUCGUAUUAACCUGCAUCAAACUCUGGGGCACUGCCUGUCAACUCUGUCUGCUGAUAGAAUUCAUAACUUCCUAAGCAUUUUUUACUUUUUACACAAGAACUUUAACUAAAUAAUGUUAUAAAAUAAUUUUUUUUCUAUUUUUUAAAAAUCUUUUCACCCCUAGCGUAACACUAAACUCCCCAACUUCCUAUGAAUUACCACGCACCCUAAUUAACUACAAUUAGAAAAAUAAAAAUAAUGAAAUAAUCAGAGUCAGAGGUAAGAAUUGCAGCAGCCUCCUUGGCCCUAAACGUUGUCAGCAACUUUAAAAUGGAAGAACUAAAUAAUAACAAAAAAAUGUGUGUGUUAUGUAUAUAUAUAUGUAUAUAUAUAUAAAUAUAUAUAUAUAUAUAUAUAUAUAUAUAUAUAUAUAUAUAUAUAUAUAUAUAUAUAUGUAUAUAUAUGUAUAUAUGUAUAUAUAUGUAUAUAUGUAUAUAUAUGUAUAUAUAUGUAUAUAUAUAUAUAUAUUGUGCAACUUAUUCUCCCUGGGUGUGAAAAACUUUAAAACAGUUGCCAAUACAAAGGCUGGGCUGAGAGGGGCAAUCAGGGCAAUAAAAGCUGGUUUCCGUCCUUAUGCCCCUCUGGUAGCACAACCUGCACCUUUUCUGGGGUGUCUUAUUUUUGGGGGUUGGUGGUAUCCGGAAACAGAAGUGACCUGUCUCAACCCUUCUGCUGCUAGGCCCAGCUGAUGGUUCCCCAUUGUGGCACUCAGUGAGCAGCCCAGAAAUAAGCUGAAACUGGAAAUCCAGAAAUGUGGAUUUAAUGUCAGCAUUUGCCUUUUUGUACAGAAUAAAGGCAUUGUGAGUCGCCAUUUGCAUAAGGUAAAUGCCAAGAUUUUUGUACCAUGCCCUGGUCUUCCUCAGUAUUAAAUAGGGUUGCAGCAGUUGGUCGGAUAGGUCAACUCCCCCCAUGUGCUUGUUAUACUGCCUAAUGCUGACUAGAACCUCUUCGAGUGUGCUCAGUAUGCAUAGAUGUUGGCAUGAACACCUCCUUCUUAUCUUUGAAUUUGAGAGCCAGCAGUUCGUCCUGGCAGAGAGCAGCCAUUUCCCCCCUCUUGAGCUUUUUUUGUGCCAGGGCUUUUGGGAAACCGACACGUGUCUUUCGGAUAGUUCCACAGUUUCAAAGCAAUAAAGCAUCCUGAGAAGAGGGAUGCUAUUAUAGUAAUUGUCUAUAAAUAAAUGAUACCCCUUAUUUAGCAAUGGGUUAAUUAAAUCCCAUACGAUUUUUCCACUCGUCCCAAUGAUAUCCGGGCAACCUGGGGGAUCCAAGUGGCUGUCUUUACCUUCAUAAACAUGGAAGGUGUAAACAUAACCACUGGCACUUUUACAAAGUUUAUACAACUUGAUCCCAUACCGGGAUCUUUUAGCCGGGAUAUAUUGUUUAAACCCCAGUCUGCCCUUGUAUUUCAUUAGAGACUCAUCUACACAACUAUUUUUUUUGUGGGGUGUACAUUGAGCCAAACUGUAUGUUGAAGUGGGAAAUAAGGGGGUGAAUCUUAUAGAGAUUAUCGUAUUGAGGAUUAUCUCUUGGGGGGCACUUCGAAUUAUCGCUGAAGUGUAAAAAGCGAAGCAUUGCUUCAUAUCUGGACCUGUUCAUGGUCUGGGAGUAAAUAGGGGUGCUGCAUACAGGAUUUUUGGACUAGUACAUCCUGAUGCUGGGUUUUUUAAUAAUGCCCAUUAGCAUUGUUAGUGCCCCAAAUUUCUUUUUUUAAUUCUGGCACACUGGUGGGGUACCAACUCCCUUGCCUGGCGAUGAGACUCAUUAAUUGUCAGGUAAUGCACAGCAUAAAGGUUAGUCUGGGUGACUAUAUCCCCUAAAAUAUCAUCCCCCAAGAAUAGCUGCAUGAAAUCCAGUGCACUAUAGUCCAACUGAAUUCCAGGUCUGCCAGUAAACACUGGGAUGUCAAGCACAGUCUCAUCACCACUCUCAGAGGCAGUGUCUGUGGCGUCAGUCGGCUGCUAGUAUAUCAUAAGUCUCCUCAGCAGUGUACCUUCUAGACAUUAUGAAGGUGUAACUUUAACAAACUUUUUUUUAAACUGUUUAAAAAAAAAAAAAAAAUUAACUUUUUUUUUCUUUUAUUCUUUUUUUUUUUUUAACUUUUUAAAAACUUUUCAGAACUUUUCUAAACUUUUCAUCUCUUACUAGCCUAACACUCAAUUUCCCAAAUUCCCACUAAAGUCCACCCACUCCAACUAACUAAGGAAUUAAUGUUAAAUUAAUUAAAUAAUAAAUUAAAUAAAAUUAACUCCUAAGGGUUAAAAAAAAAAAUCAAAAUUAACCCUUGAGGGUACAAAAAAAAAAUUAGACCACAGUUAAAUACUGUGAUCAGUAUACUAAUUUAUCAGUAUACUGAUCACUGCAGGCAGUGAUCAAAAUGGCAAAGAAAGGGUUUAACACUGUUUUUAAAAGUAUUAAAAUUACUUUUAAAACAGAUACACUUUAAGCUAGAAUGGCACACAAUGUUACAGCACCGAUCCGUCUCUCUUCACUUCUCAAACUACACAGAGGUGGAGGGAGGAGGGUCAGGAAUCCCAGCAGCGCUGUGACUGGCUGUCACAGCGAUCACAUGUGCUGGGACAGCUCUAUUGUCGGUUGCUGGUCUGCCUCUGAUAUCGAGGCACUCAGCAACAGCGUUAACCCCACGAUCGCCGCGAUCUGGCGUUAACAUUAGUAAAUGACGGAGAUUUUCCGUUAACGGUCCUUAACGCACGGACAAGCUUGACGGAAAAUCUCCGUCUUCAGUUGGGAAGGGGUUAAUCAAUAACAUGUGUUCAUAUCUGUUGUUACUAAGCACUCUGUAGGCUGUUUUGGUUUCGUAGGGUGUGUUAUAUAACUUUCGAGAUGUAGAGGACGUUUUCGUACCCCGCGGGGUACGGAGUGUAGGGUAGGGGAAUGGGCUUCUUGGUGUUUGCGGAGAUGUUUUUAUUCUAAUGUAUUCUGUUGGUGGUAGUUCUUUUUUUAAAUUUAUUUAUUUUAGUAAUUUGCAGUUCCUACACAGCUAAUGAUCCAUUAUAAUUGAUAAUUAUACCUGCGUGUUAUGCUGUCUUUGUUGUUAAGCCACUAAUAAAAGGACACCAAGAGGGUUUGUGUGGUUUGCAGAGAUCAUGAAGUUUAAAAUCAAAUCUGCAUUUUAAUGGGCCUAUAAAAAAAGAAACCUUGUUAAUCUGAUGGGUAUUACUACCAAACUGAGAAAUAAACAUAGUUUACAAAUAUUCCAAUCAAUGUGUCUCAAAGAUUGGAAAGCAAGAAAGGAUAUAAUCCACAAUAAAAAAGCAUGUCCUGAUCACAACAUCUGGAAUGUUAAUAUUUUAUGUAUUGCAAAGUGUGGAUUUGUCAGUCCCUUUAAAAAUACUCCACUGACUUCCUUUAUUAACCUUUAUGAUGGCAGUUGAACCAGUAGGUGUCAUUGAAUAAUGACAUAAUUUACCCUCCACUAUGUAUCUGAGUGCUUUUAGUUAUUUUAUACUUCUUUGUGUAAUUCUGUCUGUCUGCCUGUGCCAGAAUUGUUUCAAUCUGUGUGAUUGGGUCAGUCUAUGUGAUGUGAGUUGUCUUUCACAAAAUCUCUGAUGUCAGUUGCAGUGGAGCAAAAAUGUUUCGGGGGAAAAAAAAGCACAAAACUUAAAAAAUAUAUAAAAAAAUAAAAACCCAUUUAACAUGCAAUAUAAAAGUCCUAAAUUGGCAUGCCAUAUGUUGUGGGAAAAUAAUACCACCUCAGGAGACAUCCAUAAAUUUCAAAUCGGAAUGUUUAUGAUAUCCCUACAAUCCAUCCAUGGCAUUAUUUUCCCAUAAUACACUGCUUAGCAUUCUAUGUCCCAAAUAUAGAACAAUACCCGGGUUAUUCAAUAACAGGAGAAUUCAUGGGAAACAUGGUGGAGUGAAAGUGAAUUUCAAAAUGUAGGACACAAUGUUAGAAUUAGAAAUAUUCCCCAGGGCAAUUCUUUUCUCAAUUUUUAUAUUGUGGUAUUCAAUUUAAAAUUUAUUUUGGAUUCCCAGCAAUUCUCAUUUAGUUACCCUGCAUGUGAAUAUGUUUUUCCACAUGAUGUCCUGCAAAUGCAUCUUGCUUUAAAGGAGCACCCUGAGAACCAUAACCACUACAGCAUGUCAUAACAUAUAUGGUGCCAGGAGUGCAAUUUUGGAACGGGUUGACUUCUAACCUGAGUACCCAAGUGCUGCUACUCAACUGACUGUAGCUUCCAGAAUAAACGGAGAAAAGUCUCUACUUCACACAGAGCAGAGCUUAGCUCAUUGGCUAAGAGUGCAGAUGCUCUCAGCCAUUGAACUAUCGCUACACUGCAGGGCUUAACCCAGGAGAGCGAGCAGAAGCUCCUAGCAGGAACUUCCAUCUCUCCUGAAGGCUGCAAAGAGGGGACACCAGGAACUGCUUACAUUAGGAGGUGGACACUAAUUUUAUUAUAUAUAUAUAUAUAUAUAUAUAUAAUUUUUUUAUAUAUAUAUAUAUAUAUAUCUCAUAGUAAUGUAACAAAAUAUAAAAAUAAAUACAAAUUCUAUAUAAAUCCUCUGCAGAAGUAACAUCACUGCAAAUGUGAGAUUUCUGUGGGAAAAGCAAGUCUUAUGGCUUGACUGGUGUGCAGAUCUGUGUUUAACAUUGUAUUGACUCUGUGUGUGUAUAUUUAUUAUUGUAUGUUUGUUUUGUUACAUUACUCUGAUAUGAUAUACAGACAUUUGUUCACAGCCAAUCUCGGAGGGUAUUACUUACCGGUAAGCAUUACUGGAUUCUGACAGUCUGUGCUCUUUUAGCAGGAUAAAAAAAUUGUGAUUUCUAACUUGCAACGGAAAAUUGCAAGGGCACGCUAUAUUUAGCAAGCUUGUCAUGAAACACAUUACAGAACAUCAUUAUUUUUGAAAAGAUUUGCUUCACAAUAACAUAUUGACCAAUAUAUUCAUGUAAAAUGAGUGGGGAUUAAAUAACAUAUUUUUUGUGUGUUAUAAGCAACAGGAAUAAUGUAUGUAUAAAUGGAAUUGUUGGCGUAUAAUAUGUGCUAUUAAAGUACAUAGCUAGGGGGAGAGCUAUACAUUUUAGCAAGUUCUAGAAGUCGCUAGAAUGUCAUUGGAUUAUUCCCAUGGUGACUCUACCUCCUGUAAAAUGUUGCCCUACUUUUCUAUUGUCUUUAACAAACACUGUGAGAUCCAGUUGUAACAGAUUUCUACUCUUGGCCACGGUGGAGGUCAGUGUAUGUCUGUGGAGAGUUGCAAGGUUCAGCUUGGACAAUUAAAGCCAAUAGGAGCUCUGUGAGUCAGAAUUUUCUUUUAUCUACAUCUGAUUCCUCUUCCCUAACGCAUAUCGCUUAGCUCUGUGACCACUAUAUAAUCCAUCCAUUCUUACAUUGGCUUAUUUUAGUUUAUGGCUUUUCUGGAGGUCUGAAAUCAUUAUUCACCUUAUAACUCCAAACUCUACCAUAUUUAAUACAUAUGGGCCAGGCACUUUGUGGGGAUGGGGGGGGGGGAAAUAUAUAUAUUUUUUUAUUUCUUUUUUUCAUCAAUGUUCUCAUAAAAGAAAUGCCACUGUAAAAUAAUUUGGUCCUGACCUGGAAUUUAUAGAGAAUGAAGAAUAGCAAUAAAAUUCAUAAAGGGAAUUAAUCUGAUUUAUGUGAUCUAGAAAAAAAUGAUUAUAACUUAACAAAUAUAUUCACGAUCCGUAUAUGGAUAUCUUUUGGGAGCUGUUAAUCCUUCAAAAUGCUAUGAUUUUCUGUCGAAUAAAAGAGUUACCAGCUUUGAAGGAUUUCUGUUCUGCAAAUAUCUUGAAAUAUUUUUUUGGGGGGGGAGGGACAGGGAGAGGGUGUUGUUUCUUUCUCAAGAAAACUGCAAAUGCAAGACGCCUUUGGCUUUACAAAACAAAAUUAACUUUAAAUUUUUGUUGUUGUUGAUCCUAUGUCAGCAGAGGUGUAUUUGUUAUUUCACCCUUGCUAGGAUUCUAUUUUAUUGUACCCUGUGCUAUUAGUUAUCUUAAUCAUUCUUUAAUGCUUUCUAAACAUCAGAGUGUUUAUAUAACUCUGCACAUUGAUUAUUCCAAAACACUAAUGUUCCUUUUAAUGGAUUCUUACUUCAUGUACUUGCCUAAAUGUCCAAUAAAAAAUGUCUUUGAUGCUUCUCCUUUAAAAUCUCAGUUCAUUCCUAAUGGUCACCCAGAGUAGGUAUAACAUGAAUGCCUUCACUAGAAGGUUUUUUUUUUUUUUUUAAUGUUUUAGUCCAAAGGCUAUUGAUUGCUUUUUAGUUCUCAGCAAAAAUCUAAAUCGUACUAUUUAGUAAAUUAUAAGUCGGGAAUUCUAAGUUAACAUUUACAUAUUAGCCGAUAAGAAUUUUUUUUUUUCAACUUUGCAAUUUUGGCGUAAUAUUUUACAUUUGCUUUGAAUAUCCGUUUCACAUUUUACUGAAUAAACCCGGCAUCGCUAUUCAUUAAAAUAGGCAGCUUCAACAUGGAUGCUGUCCAGGAGGUGGGAGGGUCUGCUGGAGAUUGGCCGGGAUGUGUCAGCUGACCGGAGCUCGUGGCGAGCCGUUCGCGGGACGUUCGCGAACGGUUCGCAACAUCUCUAAUUACAAGUAGUAAGCCAUUGGAAAAAUUCGGCAGCAAGUCACUCGUCGGGUCUCCACAGUUGCUGGUUAACAUCCCAGCUAGUCUAUCCCGUUAAGCAUGUUUUUUUCUUCAUUACUUUAUAAUUACCACUCACAGGUCUGUUUUUAUAUUCUGCACCAUUGCAAUCAUCAGAUUCAUACAUAAAGAUGCAGUUGCGUAAUGUCAAUCAGUAAUAUUUCAGAGGACGUAAAAGCUAUUAUAAGUAAAUAUUAAAUAUACUCUUCUUCCAAACGGUCAAAGUUCGACUUUAUUAGGCAGAUUCUUCUGUCUAGUCAUUCCCCCUACAUUAGUUUAUUUUCAUGCGAUUUUUAAGAACAGUGAAAGAUAUAUUUCUUUUUGCAGUCAUUCUGUCUAGAUAUUUGAGGUUUUGUGCAUGCAGCUUAGCCGGAAAGGUUAUAGAGAUUAGUUUGAAGCUGUUUAAAUGAUGAAAUAUAAAGAAACUAGAGUAAUGUGAUACAAUUUUGGUAUAGUGUGCGCUCCCUGUGACUAAUGGGCAUUAGAAAGACGUUUUUAUCCAUGGCAGACAGGGUGUUUGACAGCCUUGUACAAGUGUAUGGGUUGUAUGGCCGAGCUUGAAUGAAUAAAAAAAAAAAUAUAUAUAAAUAUAUAUAUAUAUAUAUAUAUAUAUAUAUAUAUAUAUAUAUAUAUAUAUAUAUAUAUAUAUAUAUAUAUAUAUAUAUAUGUAUGUAUGUGUUUUGGCAUCUGAUUUGAACUUUUUUGGUUGUUUUAAACCAUUGUUAGAAAUAAUUAACAAAUCAAUCCAUUCGCAAUCAAGCAUGAGUUUCGUGUUUAUUAGCAACUCAUUGCAAGCCUGUGUUUUUUUUUUGUUUUUUUUUGUUUUGUUUUUUAAUGGAUGGCUGGCUGUUCAUUCUGGGAAAUGUAGUCCACAGCAGCUAGAAUGCUAAAAUGUAGUGGCAAGUGGUGUAGUGUAGUGAAUGACUGUAGGUGCUACACCUGUAGGUACUAAACUGUAUCCCACUUAGGAAAGUCUUUCUCCAAUAGCGCACUCACAGGCUCAGCACAUCACUCAAGUCAAUACAAAAACAGCUUUUAUGUCCAUACAGCAUUAGUUCGACUGCAACAGGGGGGAGAAAGGCUACCUUACAUGCUUAAUACCAAGGGUUUUUUACCUAAAGGUAAAGGGUUAAACCUCCCAAAUUUUCAUGUUUUAAGCACUUUACUAACACGGGAAUGUCUUACUCAAUUGAUGAUUAAAAUGAGUAACAUUUUUGAGAAAGCCUCACUUCAGUGACAGAUAAACAUCCAAUACACACCUGCGUGAGGUUUUUUUUUUUUUUUUUUAAUAGGUUUUCGUUUUUGGUUUUUAACUUUCAAAAGCUUAUAAAUAUCAUGUUUACGUAAAGCUUUACUCGAGAGAUAUACAUAAUUCUAUUCAAAUUGACUUAUUUAAUUAAUUUCCACAUUAGAAUCCCAAUUUUAAUGCUGACACUUAUUAGAAAAACACUUUGUUUUUUUUUUUUUUUUUUUUAAAGGACUGCACUUAACCUAUUCUAAAACUCAAGGUCAAUGUGUUUGUGACCUACUUUAAUGUUCCUUGAGGCACACAGACUGAAACACCACAGGUUUAAAGGCUAUAUAUUGAGGUGUGUGUGUGUGUGUAUCUAUCUAUAUCUCUAUCAUCUAUCUAUUUAUCUAUCUAUGUAUCAAUCUAUUUAUCUCUCUAUCUAUGUGUGUCUCUCUCCCUCUCUCUCUCUAUCUAUUUGUCUCUAUCUAUCUAAUGCCAAAAUACCAGAGUAUUGCAGUAUGCAAUGAUACCUUUUUAUUGUCAAGUUUUCAACAGUGUUCCUCUCUACCUCAUGUCUGAAGCAAUACUGAAGCAUUAAAAGAAGCAUUCCUGGGGAAGUAACAAGGGAAAUCCUGGGCUAAGAUGACCAGGCACCUUAGCACUACAAUGAGAUUACACUGUCACUAUACCUAAGCUGCCUUUCAGGUGCAGUGCAGUGGGCCUCAGAGAACAAAAUAACAUGGGGUUGUGUGUAAUGUCCGCCCCUGUAUGUGAUUCUGUUUCUUCCGUAAGAAAUUGUACUUUGAUCCAAAAACCGUUAUGUACAUAUUGCAAUGUGGAAGCUCCAUGAGGGGUAUGUUACCUAGAAAUUCUGUAACAAAUCCAAUAUUGAUCCACUGUUUUCUUACCUCUUAUUUCUGAAUCUCUAACUAACCUUGAAAAAAAAAAAAAAACAAUAAGAAAAAUUGACCAAAAAAACCCACUGGAUACAUCUGAUGUUGUUAGGGAAGGGGAGUGAGUGGGGUGUCCUAAAAAGCAGAAGAUGUGCCUGAGAGUGAAAGGUGCAGAUUGGUUGAAAAUAGCCAGUACAUUCUUUGCAUGUGUCAAAAUACAGCAGUGAUGUUGAAUUAAAGAGGAGCAGCAUGACCAAGAUGGCGGUGUCUGCGAGGCACAGGUAUGUAAACUCACACUUUGCUGCCGCAUGUAGACAUCGGACCAUCAGCAGCGAUAUCCCUGUCGGGGGACUUUGCAAUUUCAGCAAAGUCCCCAGACGGUCACAUCCCUGCUUUAAUUAGACACUACAGUUACCAGAACCACGCAUUCACUCAGAAAGCCACUAGAGGGGUUUCCUAGUCCAGUGCUGCAGAGUGGCUUUCAUCGUCUUCAUGCUCUGCAUGGAGACGCUGAAUGCUCCCCACAGAGAUGCACUGAUUCAAUGUAUCUUUAUGAGAAAAUGCUGAUUGGCACAGUGCAGCAGUUGCUGCGCAUGCUCAAAAGCCUCCCAAUGCUUUGUAUUGGAUUGACCAAGAUCAUCAAGAUUGAUCAUCUCAGUCAUGGAGGCUAGGCCAGGCACGACAAAACUGGCACGGAGUGGGAGAAAAGGUAAGCUUUAAACUUUUAAUCUCCACGGAGAGGGAGACCUGGUGACUUAAACAGCAAUUCAUGCACUGUAGUGUGAGAAAUACGUGUUUGUAUUCCUGACACUAUAGUAUUCCUUUAAACAUUUACUCCACACACCACAACCACUUUAUCUUAUUUUAGUGGUUAUGGUUUAAUGAAGAUAUCUGUAAAGGCCGUUUUCUCCCUUUUUCUCCCUUUUUCUCCCAACUGUUUUCAAAUGAUUUAUCAAAAAGUAACCCUUAUCACUCAAAGUCCUUUAACUUUGAGACCUGAUAAUGGGGAAAUCUAAUUUUAUCAUAAUCCAUCAAAGUUCUUGCACAGCAGGACCCACUGCCGAUAUAUCCUAUAUAUGAAAACCUGCUCACUGAACAAUGUCUCAAGCCGUACAAGACCGAUACUAAGGAAUAUGCGUAUUUGGACAGAUACUGAGGAAAAUAGAUUCAUCCAUUGUAAUUUUUCGAGGUUGGGGGUUUGGACACCAGGACACUUUUGUUUUUCCUUAAAGGAACGCUAUAGCGUUAGGAAUACGUAAUACGUAAAUAUGUAUUCCUAACGUUAUAGAGCCCUAGUCAUCUAAACUGUGACUAGGGCCCCCGUUCCGCGGUGAAUAAAUGGUUAAUUAACCACUUAUUUGCUUACCUUAAUCCAAUGCCGGGCUCCCACUGCACUGGUGACCUCUCCUCCUCCAUCCACGUGAGCUCCCGAGUGGAGCUGAAUGCGCAGCCAGAGGCGCGUGCUCAAUCAAACCCACCCAUAGGAAAGCAUUACUCAAUACUUUCCUAUGGGGUUCUUAUUUUAUGCUGGACUCCAUAAGGACAUCCAGCGUCAAAUAAGUGUGAUUUACGCAGUGUAAAUCGCGGAAGCGAUACUAGUGGCUGUCAGGGAGACGGCCACUAGAGGCUGGAUUAACCCUGCAGUGUAAACAUAGCAGUUUCUCUGAAACUGCUGUGUUUUUGGUUGCAUGGUUAAAAUUAGGGGGACCUGGCACCCAGACCACUUCAUUGAGCUGAAGUGGUCUGGGAGCCUAUAGUGGUCCUUUACGCUGAUUGACAAAAAAUUUACACAUAUACAGUGAAAUAAAAAUGAAUGUAAAUGUGGCCUUGUCUCGCUUUUUGGCUAUGUUUUUAUUUUGUUAUAACUAUUUUAUAACUAUUCUUCACAGUAGGUGUACAGUAUACAACAACAUUUAAGAGAAAAAUAAUAAUAAUAAUGUAGUAGUAGGAUCAUAUAACGUAAAGCUUCAUGAAACGGAAUGAAUACUGUCUUGCGAUAACCUUUACCUAGGCAGACUUUUGGCUGUAAACAAAUUGCACACAUUUAGUGCACAUUAAGAAAAUUAACUGUGGCAAUAAUCCUGAUUAUUCAGGAAAUGCUAUGUUUAUACAGGGCUGCCGCAUGCUUUUACAUUUCUUACGUUCAAAUUAAUCUCCUUAUAUCUGAAAAUAAGAAACAAUUUCACAGUCUGACUUACAAAUCUGUUUUCGAUUUGUUUGUUUAUUUUAUGCAAUAGUUGUAUGCAAGUUAUCAUAGGCAAAACUAGGGUGGAUGUUUAGUUAAUUCAAACAAAGACCAUAUCUCUCCUUUAAAACCAAGUAUAAUGUGUGGCUGGACUAAAAGAACAUUUUGUGAUUAAACAUAAAUGUAAAACUGCUUCUGCCUUAUGGUUAAAAGCUGCAUUUGCUUAUACGGUAAGAGAAAUGACUCCUACAGAUGCCUAACCUGCCUUACAUUAAACAAAACAGGUGCAUAUCAGGGGGAUAAGUGCUAAAUAUUGAGACAUCCUAGAGAUUUUCAUGGUGAGUGCUUGGUGAACUUUUUCUCAACUGCAUCCAAUUUUUGCCCAAAAAGUAUUUUUAUCGAAUAGCCUUACUUACCUUUCAAGACAAUUUAUGUUGGUAUGCAAAAUAAACACAUCAAGUAAAGAACAUUUUGUGUUAAACGGAAAAUCACAUCUUAAGGCCAUUUUUAUUAUACUUUGUGUAAGACGACACGCUUUUAAUGUUUUGUGUUUGUUUGUCAGAUUUACACAUUAAGUUUGUAUUAUGUAUUAUUCUCUCGAGAAAUAUGCAGUGAGUAUUGAAAGCAAAUGAAUAACUACGUUCAUGAAACUUUUUAAAAACCCAGUGAGUGGUUACAGUAUUCGUGAGAACUGAAAACUUCUGUUCUUUGGCGUUAAAGUGAUACUGCAAGUACCACGACCACUUCAGUGAUUUGAAGUGAUGAUGAAGCUUGGAGUCUGCUUGUGCAGCGUUUCCUACUGAAACAGAAAAAAUGCGCAUAGCUACUGGAGGUGUAAUUUCUCCUCCAAUUCGUCAUCGGCCACUUUAGGCUAGUUAAUGUGAAUACUGUGCAUAAAAACAGUCUAUCAUCAGCAGGCUGGCGACAGACAACCAAUGCCAACCAAUGGUGGCACAGCCAGUUCUCAUUGGUGUCGUCUCCCACCAGUGAUUAAUGGGGAAUGACAUCAGUGGAUCGGGCUGCAGGCAGAAUAUGGGCUUGGCACUAGAGCACAAGUACAUUUUUGCUUAAUUGCAAUUUUUUAUUUUAAUUUUUUUCAUUUAUUUUUGUAAAAGGUGGUACCUUGCCAGUAUGGGUUACUCCAAACAAAAACAGAUUUUAAAUCUAAAUUAAGUAUAGCUAAUGUAAAUCGUAUAUCAGCUCACUUUGCAUUUAGCCAGAUUUCUUUAUUAAACUGGAACAGAGGUGAUUUUAACACUUAUUUAUUUUUAAUUUGGGAAGGGCAAACCUCAGAAAGGGGUUACUUAAGCAAAAAACAGUGCUUUCUGAAUACACUGUUUUUUCUUGGAGUAACCCUUUAAAUUAUUAUUUUAUUGUUUAUGUGUUUUAUUUAUUAAAUAAAUAAAUACAAUUGUUUUUUGUUGUUGUUUUUUUUCUUUUGAGGCUGUUCAAAGUACUAACAUAAUUUGCCAAGUCUAUUGAAAACUCCCAGUGUGCAUUUAAAUUGAUGUCUGGCAAUUUGGGCAGUACAGGAAAAGUAUAGAAUUAAAAUGUAUCCAAUAUGCACAAUAUAUACAUGUCAGCACUGCACUUGUAACAUUUCACUUGUUUAUUGUACUGGUCAAUGAUAUGAAAUCUAUACUAUAUAUUUUACUAUAUAAAUGCAUUUAAACUUGGGGCCCAACUCCAGCUGGAUUAAAUUAGCAAAUCUGAGAAAACAUCCAUCCUUUUCUUUAUAUUUCCAAUAAAAUGUUAUAACCUAUGUUCUAAUGCUUAAAAAUCGAGGUUUGUGUUGCGUGUGUACGUAUGGUAAGUACGGAAUGUAAAAUGCUAUGCACUGCUUGGCAAAGGCAGUACUGAGGCUUACCAGUAUAAUUUUACUACUAAUUUACUGUUACAUACAGUACGCAGAUUGUGUAGUUUGUGAAAUAGGAAUAUAGAGCCACUUAACAGGAUAUGAUUUACUAGAUAUGAUUCUGAUUCAAUCUUUAGUCAGACUCUUACUGUGACCUAAACAGUGUCCUCUCUAGGUAUCCAACAAUAUACAUUGUAUUUUCAUACUGGUUAACACUUUCUGAAGAUUUGUGUACAUAAGUGGACUUUCCCGGCACAGUAGAAUACUUUCUAUAACUUUCUACUAGUUACAUAUUGUUUAAAAAAAAUGUAAUUGCUGAAUGUUUACUGUCUUGCCUAAAUUAGCAGUUUUUACGUUGUUUUGUCUUUAUUCGUAUAUUUGUUUACUGCAUCACAUAUAUAGAGCUGUAAUAAGUGAUUUGUACCUUUUUUGAUGUAAUAAUUUGCACUGCAAAUUUAUAUUGGUCCCUGAGGAUGUCCCUAAGAGGAAGCAACGCGUAGGCCCAGAUUUCAUAUUUAUUUAUAAAUAGAGCAUUUUAUUAUACUGUCACCAUCCUGCUGGAGUUCCUUGCUUCCAUUUAUGUACAGAGUUUAUAAGGACAAUUGGAGUGGAGACAUUAGUAGGGAUAUUGACCCCUCCAAAUAUUGAGCGAGGCACCCAUUGUGCCCAUAUACACCUUCACGACAUAUUAUGUGUUAACUGUAUCACACUAUGUUUUGUUCAGUUGUAUUUUUAGGAUACAGCUGAUUCCCUAUAAAUAUUGAUAUUUGUUGUAUUAAUGUUCAUUGUUAACAUUGUUCCAACAGUUUGAUGACCUGCAUCCCCUGGUAUCCCACAGUCUAAGGACCAUCUUUACAUAUUGCUUAAAGCUUUAGCAAUAUCAAUUUAGGUCAGGUUUGGAUGGAAGUCAAUGAUUGGGAAAUGUCAUCUUUUAGCCAAACUAGCGGAGCAAUUUAUUUAAAAAAAUAAAUAAAGAUUAUAUAUAUAUUGCACUCUUGGGUCUUUCCAAAAAAAUCAAUUUGUGUUUAUUAAAUAAAGGUAUUACAUCAUCUGAUGAUGUAAUACCUUUAUUUAAUAAACACAUAUUGAUUUUUUUUUUUUUUUUUUUGCAAAGACCUGAGAGUGCAUCUCUUACUUCUCUAUACAUAUUCCAUAACGUGGGAUUGCACGAAGGCAUAAGUAUAUCUACUGAAUUGGAGACAGGGUGAGUGCCAAGCUAUUUAUCUUUGUGUGUGUGUGUAUAUAUAUAUAUAUAUAUGUAUGUAUGUGUGUGUGUGUGUAUAUAAUUUUUUUCUUUAGUUUAUGUAAAAAAUAUUUUUUUAGGGAUACUAGAAUCAAAGCAAUUGAGCUGGAUUAAAAAAUAUAUAUAUAUAUUUUUUAAUGUUUUCCUAGUGCUGGUCCAAAAGGAGAUAACAUCUAUGAAUGGAGAUCAACAAUCUUAGGACCACCAGGUUCUGUGUACGAAGGAGGAGUGUUUUUCUUGGAUAUCACAUUCACACCUGAAUACCCCUUCAAGCCUCCAAAAGUAAGUAACAAUACAGGAUUCAGUAGGAUGUCCCCAUGGGAUAAUGGGGACAUCCAUGGGAGAGAACUUGCCCCACUCUGCACUGCAGGCGGAGUGACAGGGCUUCAAAACUGUACAGGCUACUAAAGUCGUAUCUGCCAUAGGUACCAUAGGACAAUAAAAGGGAUACAAGCCCCUUGUAUUAACGCUGGGGAAGGAUAAUUUUAGAAACGGCAGUGAUGGUGAAAAAUGAGAGAGAAGCAGGGUCUGUUUAACAUGUACUUUUUUUUGUACAAGUCCAAGUUUGGUAUUUAAGAGCUCAUGUACUGUUGAGGGUUUUUUGGGGAUUUUGUUUAUUUUUAUUGAAUGAUUAAAGUUCCAUAUGUAUUGUUCUUUAGAGUUUAGUAUUGUGUGUAUUUUUAUUUAUUUUUUAUUAAAUCCAAAGCGAAUUAAUAUUGAAUUUUAAACUGUAAAAAAAAAAAAGCAAAAAACUAUCUAACUGCCUAAAAUUGAAUUCCUGGAAUUUCAGACUUUAUUGAAUAUCCAAGUCGCAUAUCCUCUAUUGUUAAAAGUGGGACCAGUCUGUAGUGUUAGCUGUGGCUGUCAGAAACUGAUUAUGCUGUAAAUAGGAGAACCAAUCCUGUUCUAUGGGUUGAUUUAAUUCCUGAUCACGUUGUUUGCUGGAGAGGUUGUGGGCCAUUUAAUAAACCACGUCAGACUUUUAUCAAGGAAUUUCAUAUGGGAGGCAGUCAUAGUUAUGUUAUCAGGGUAGCAGACUGAUACAUCCACCCAUCACUGCAACAAGAUUGAAAGUAAUAAAACCACUGGGAGAGAUUUAUCAAAGUAUUGUUGUAUUAAAGUGUUGAAAAUGUUUAAAAGUGAAGUGGGGUAAUUCGAAUGGAAACAAAUUAAAUAACUAGGCAUGUUUAGUUAGUGAAUGCUUAUUUUUUUUCAGACUUUACACUACUUUUGUUUUUACACUGUUGCUUUUGUGCUCCAAAGUCUAACAUUUAAUAUUUGAAUAUCCUAUGUUUCCCCCGGCACUAUGGAAUUGCAUUAUGGGUAUUGCAAAAAUGACGAUUCUCCUUCUACAUAAGGAACACAAAGUUACCUUGGAAGGAGUGUGUGGCUCUCCUCAAACCAAAAAGAACCCAACGUUAAUAGUUAUCUGACUUUCUACAACGAAGUGGGGGAACAUUCAGCCAGGGGUGCUUUUAAAGUUCCACUGUUGCCUAACAUGAUUAUGGCAAAAUCCUUAACAGGCUCGCAGUAGGCAUCCGUGGUAGCUGCCCUAUAUCUGUCUUUAAGACAUUUUUACCAGCUUCAAGAUUGGCGUCUGGGGGGCAGCCUAAUGUUGUCCAUAGUAAAUCCUUACUGUUUUCGUGAUGCUACCUGUACCUGUGAGAAAUCCUUACUUGCCUCUGGAUAAGCAAGCAGUGGUGCUACCUAACAUCCCUUAAGGAAAUCCUAACAUUUUUAUGGAUCGGCAACCCCUGGAAUGCAUUGCACUAAGCUAAAACUCCCAGUAUGUUCAGUCAAUAAAAAUAUCUGGAUGUAAAUGAGCAGAGAUGAAGUGGAUUUUUUCUAAAUAUAGACGACAGUACUCACAGAUGUUAAACACAAAGUACAGAACCUGCAGUGCAAUCACAGGACACCGAGAAUGUGAAAGCAAUGCGGACUAUUGAUUGGGCUAAGGUCGUUAUAGCUAGUAGAGAGCUAUGUCUUCACUUAAGCUGAUUAUUUCAUGUGAGUGAAUAACAGAAUUACUUGAAAAGCCAUGCUUCUACGCUAUGCUUGCUUAUACGUUGAAGGUUUUUUGUUUGUUUUUGCCCUCAAACUAUUUUUUAUAUGUUAAAUUAUUUGAAUGCAAGCAAAUUGCAUUUAAGUGUCGCUUCAUUAUCCGCCCAUUACCCUAUAAUAUCAAACACUAGAGCAACAGAUGUGAACGGAAGGCAUUUUCUUCUGACUAUAGCAAACAACGUCUGCCUGCUUUCAAACGUAAGUGCCGACAUCCAUGUACUAUUUGAGCACAUUUCCCAUAUUAAUGGAUUAUGGCUACCAGUCAUAACAAACGGACAUUAUCCAUGCUACACUUUGCCUGUAAAUAAUCUGUUCCACUACAUUAUUUUUUGUUGGUAAGGUGCUUUCAAAAGGUUUUUUUUGCAAGUAACAGAGCUUCUUCUUUUUAUGAAAAACACAUUUGAUGGUUUUAAAGGCCCUUUUCAUCCCUGAGGCCAAAAGCAUUACUAUAAUGUAGCAGUACUGUCUUGAUUCCAAUAAUACAGCACCAUUCUUUCAGGAGGUCUGUGUGAGACAAACUGCACUUUCUUACCUUCACAUUGACCUGAUCUUUGUAUGUUUGAGGUAAAUGGAGCUUCUACAAUAAUAAUGACCAAAUUAAACUUCUAGCCCUGUUCAUAGCAAAAUCUCUGGAAGAGUAAGAGGCAAUACCUUUAAAGAUCACCAUUUAGGAUACACCAUUGUGAGGCAUCACACCUCGUUAUAGCAAGCCGUACAAUAUCAAUUUUAAAAAAAAAACUGAUUUUGUGCUCAUUUUGUUGGAAUUAGCAGAAAGAAAGUAUUGUGAGUUAGGAAAGUAGCUGUUGUGUUUGUUGACUUUCAGUUCGCCAGACUUUCAUCCCUUCACUAUGUUCAAAUGUAUCAUCUCAGAUUCUUGCUUCCAUGUGAAUAAAGACCAUAUACACUAUCCACAACCAUUGACAGUUUGACAUUUACACAUGGGAUCUGUUUUAUGAACCGUACAUUGCAUAUGUUCAGAGUUAUAGGAAAGGCUCAAAGUUUCAAGUCUUAUUAAUGUGGAAAUCCAUAAAAUAAGUCACCUUUUGAGCGGAGGUGUGAACAAUGGUGUAUAUAAGCCAAUUCGUAAUCAGUCACAAGACCGAUAUAAACAACAGAAUGUCCAAUCACUGAAACCGUUUAUAUGACAAUAGUCACACAGGCCAGAUUGGAGUUCAGGGUGGGAUGGUAUUCGAGUAUAAAAAAUGGAAUAGUUGGUGCACAGCAUUAGUACUUCACACUCAUGAGGCAGGAGCCCAUGACUUCAGAAUUAGAAAGCUUUGGGCCAAAUAGCAUAAUUUGAAUUUGAGUAAUGAACCAGAUGUGAAAUGGGAAACUAAUUCAAUAAUUAUUUGAAUAAACAAAACAAAACAUUUGAACACUAAAUGUGUUUUAAUUCUGUUAAUAACCCUGACUUGGGUCCCUGCCAAGAUGUAUUAAAAUACAAAAACGUUUUGAAACCGAGAAAUGUAAAAACAAUAAAAUCUUUGAGACCUAUUUUGCAUCCUUGAAAGUAGGUAGUUUGACAUUUCACACUUCAGCCUUGAUUUUAACAUUUUUGGAUAAUUAAAAAAUAUAAAAAUUAUCUACAAAAAUUCCUAUAGACUUUUAAUGGUAUACCUGGAGACACAUCAUAUGAAAUAUGUAUCCAAAAAUAUUAAAUCGUGGCUUUCUUUAUUUGUAGAAUAGUGUAUUUUUAAUGGUAAUUCUCCGGUAUAACCACUAGAGGUCAGCAGGCUCAAGUAAAUUUGUUGAUUUUUGGAUUGCAGCUUUUAGAUUGUAGAAAAGUGUUUUCCCAUAGUAUUUAGCAAGCUAGGUGAGCGGGAAAAAAAAAUAGCAUCCCAUAGAUUGCACUCAUGCAUUGUUUCCAUCAUCUUUGAAUAAUAAGGCAAAUGUAACUACUUGUAUGCUUUGUUUGAUCUUUUGAAUAUGAUCUGGUAAUUUGCUAUUGCUGUUCCAGUUUUCAGAGAAAAUGCAGUGAAGAUUUUACAAUAUUUAUGGGGCAGGAGGAGGCUAGGGGGUCUAGAUGGUGGUUUUAACACUAUAGGGUCAGGAAUGAAAGUUUGUGUUCCUGACCCUAUAGUGCAGGGGUCAUCAAACUCCUGCCCCCCAGAUGUUGAUGAACUACAACUCCCAUGAUUCUCUGGCUAUCUAUGUAAUUCAAAGAAUCAUGGGAGUUGUAGUUCAGCAACAUCUGGGGGGCCAGAGUUUGAGGACCCCUGCUAUAGUGUUCCUUUAAAUAGUAUAGUAGAAGGUAAAAUUGUGUCUUAGAAUAUACACCACAUCUUCAAUACAUCAGCACUAUACAUCCUGGUUGGUUGACUUAGCAUGGGAGAAGAAUUGUAAACAUGAAACAUCUCACUAUCUGAAGCCAAUUCACUCCUGAUUACUAUCUGUACAUGAUAAAUCUUGACUCAAUGCUGCAUGGCCUCAGUAACUGCACCUCGUUCCUUUCACACUUUUAUAGAGUGUAGGCUGAGAAAUACAGGUAUGAUGUCACAUUUUAUAGACUAAAAUUAGCAUGUACAGAUUGUUGCAUUUGAAGGCUCUAGAGCCACUUUACUUUGUGUUUAGUAUUAUGUGUGCAAAGUUAAACAAGGAAUGCUAAGUUUUUUUUUUUUUUUUUUAAAUCUCCUCUUCUAGGUGACGUUUCGGACAAGAAUUUACCACUGUAACAUUAACAGCCAGGGCGUGAUCUGCCUCGAUAUCCUGAAAGAUAACUGGAGCCCAGCUCUAACAAUUUCUAAAGUUCUCCUGUCUAUCUGCUCACUGCUCACAGAUUGCAACCCUGGUAAGACUACUCUCAAAAACACACCAGCUCACACUGACACGUCUGGACCAUGUUGUGUUGCUGAUGCCAAAAUAAAUCUAAUAGGUCUUUCAUUAAGUAAUUGUUGUGAUACACUGACAAAUAGCAACAUGUUGUGAUCAUUUCAGGGUUUGGGUUCUAAAACAUUAAGUCCAUUUAGUGUAGUUUCUACCUUAUUGUAAUCCCCUCUGUAAGAUUUCCCCACCUCAUGUUGGGACUGUAUAUUGCUGUGAUAUCUUGCAGGUAUGUGACAUGACAUUGAUGUAAGAUGUUGCAGCAAAUCUACACUGACUGCUACAAUGGGGGCAAUCAUUAAAGUUCAUGUUAACUUUUUGUUUUCAAUUGUGUCAGUAUACUUCAGGUUUUGGGCUCUAUAGUUUUUUUAGGUCAUGGUUCGGGUCAACAGCUUAAUGCUAGAGGUGUUUACUUUUAUUCAGUUAUUUAAAUGAUGUGGUGGGCCAUCACCUAGUAUCCCAGAAUGUUGGUAAGGUAUGUUCCUCUAAAAAUAUCUUUUUCCCAUUAGUCAUUUAUUUUUCUAGAAUGGUCAUUUUUGUAGAGCCAACAUAUCAGUUCUAUACAGUUUAUACGUGGGAUAAAACCAUAAAUGAUACACAUAAUAGUGUGAAAAGAGUUGUUCAAGCUUAAUCUAUAAAUGCAAAAAAAAAAAAAAAGCACUCACAGGAUUUUGUAAUUUUUUUCUAGCUGACCCCCUCGUUGGAAGCAUCGCCACUCAGUACAUGACUAACAGAGGGGAGCAUGACCGAAUGGCCAGACAGUGGACCAAGAGAUAUGCCACAUAGACACACGGCUUCCCCACCAAACUCAUCUGUUUGUCUGUGAUGGAGAGAGCUGCUUGUUAAUUUGAAGGGGUCAAGGGAGGGUGGGAAUUGAUAAAGAAUAGGGUAUUUCUAUAACAGAUUUUAUUCAGUCUCUUAUUUCCAGAGAAUUUUGUUAUUGUAACUUAAGGUAUCUUUCUGCAGUAGAUUAUUAGACUGGAUGAGGACAGCUUUUUGUAAAGCAGACAAGCUCUGAAAUAUAAGCUUAUAAAAGGAGUACAAAGAAUGUAAAAUAUCUUUUCCCCUCUUUUGGUUCGGUGCAGUAUAUAAACUAUUAGUUUUGUACAGUUACACUGCUUAUACCCUAGGCCUUUGUGUAAAGUAUUUUGUUAUUUCUUUAAUGGACAAGGAGCAGUAGUGGUUAAUAAAAUGUAAUAAAGGAGGCUGCAUUGUUCGAAUCUCAAGACCUCACCUACCACCUUCAGAGGUUAUAAAUCCCAGUUCUGGGACAUUAAACUUUUUGUGUGUGUGUUAUGAACUUUAUUUUUUUUCCCCCUUUUGUAUGUCUAAUAACCAGAGAAAAGACUUGUUAACGAGAACCUUUAGUGAAAUAUACCUUAAGAUGUUUAACUGUAAAAGGUGGAUAAGAAUUACUCAUUGGAUUGGUUGUCUGUAGGCCAAUUAUGCCUACGUUUGUUACUGUGUUAAUAAAAGUGGAACAAUAUGUUGGCUGAAUCUUUAUUGUUAAAGUGGGUAAUUCUCCCUCAUGCCUCCACACACACUAAAAAAAAAAGUUUCACUAGUGUUCAUCCGGAGAAUUUAGACAACAAAAAUAGGUAAAUGGUCAGUUAUUGAACAGAUACCCCUCCCGGAGACUGCUUUAUGGAGUUGGUGUUCUAAGAAGGGUGUUGGCGUUUUCUGGUUCUCAAAAAGAACGAGGUAUUAUAGUUAUCUGUCUGUGCAGUAAACUUAGAUUAGGCUCACCGUUUGUCAAUGUAACAAACUAUCUCCAUUGAUGUCAUGAGUUCAAAGAGGGGACUGAAAGUGAUUUUACUAAAGCUUAGAACUAUAAACUGAACAUCCAGAUCUCACUGGGAAAUGAAGUGUGUGUGUGUGUGCGCGCGCGCAUAUUCUAGAUGAAUAUAUUUGGUGGCUUUUUGAUCCUUCUCUACACUUGUAUUGUCAUCCCCAGCCUGCAUUGUCUAAGUUAAGAUUUUUGUGGCGAUAUUAACCCCUUAAGAACCACGGACGUAUCUAGUAGAUCUGCAGCAAAUAUGAGCGCUGGAAGGGAUAGCUAAUACAUUUCAGGCGCUCUAAAAAGGUAUUGCAGCGAUGCCUCGAUGUCGAGGCAUCCUGCUAUACUUCUCCUGACUGCCGGGCCGCCGAGUGAUCACUCCUGAGGAGCGAUUACUUCCUGGUUGCCUCACAUGGCACCCGGCAGUGUAGCAGAGCAUCGGAAGUCAUCCGGCAGGCUUCCAAUGCUCUGCCUGUGUGCCGAGUGCCUCCAGGGGUCGAUGCACUCAGUGAUUGCAAGCUUUUAAAAUAUAGAAUGUAAACAUCUUUGAUAUAAGAACCUCAGAUUGAUUUUUAAAGAGGAGAAACAAAAUAAUUAAAUUCUGAGCAAGUUAUGCCACAAAUUAGGCGAUGAAAUAGGGAUUUGUUUUUAACUUACCAAAUCGGCUUGCAUAUGAGGGAGACACACACAUGCUAUGCACUUCUCAAAAUAAACAAAAAGAUUAGAACAGCAGUACAGCCUAAACCCCAUUAUCACUGGUAAGUGAUUGAUGGAUAUACUAGAACAGGCCAUGAAUAACUUGUACUGCUCUACAAUAAAACUUUAGAGCACUUCCAAGGAAGUUGUAUAGCGCUGAGGAGGCGUAUGCCAUCCUUGCGUUAGUCUGAGGCAUCCAGAUUGUGACCCUGCCAGGUGCUCAGAUACAUCACUAGAGACAGUGUCUGCUGGUAGUUAUGUAUCUGUGGCUGCUAGGCCCCCUGCCAGAAGGAGACGUGCUGCUCCAACUGGAAGUGCUGCUGAAGAGUGGGAAGUGCCUCAUCGCCAGAAGCCAGAUAUCCCACCCUUCACUGCAACUCCUGGAUGUCACAGGAUUUAGCCCCCAACAGUUUAUAGGUGAGAACCUCCUUCAUUCAGCCAGGGCAUUGAAAAUGGGUAUUCCAGCAUGACUAUGACCCAAAACACACAGCCGAGGCAACAAAGGAGUGGCUCAAGAAGAAGCACAUUAGGGUCCUGGAGUGGCCUAGCCAGUCUCCAGCCCUUAGUCCCAUAGAAACUCUGGAGGGAGCUGCAGUUCGAGUUGCCAAAUGUCCAUUUCGAAACCUUAAUGACUUGGAGAGGAUCUACAUAGCUGUGGGACAAAGUCCCUCCUGAGAUGUGUGCAAACCUGGUGGCCAACUACAAGAAAUGUCUCACCUCUGAUUGCCAACCAGGGUUUUGCCACCAAGUAAUUGCAAAUUUGCAACUUUCGUGACAUGCGGUUUUUCUGUCUCUUGUU